CUUGUCGUGCUGGUCACACUGUGGAUUUGUUUAACCUCAUGUGACUCACAUUGCUUAGUCAUGAGAAACUGCUGAGAUUUCUCAGCCGAAAAAACGCCCGGUCACGGUUUGUGUAAGAAUGUGGAACUACCUCAACAUUUUCACUUCCCUUCUCGCCAAAUCUAGUGUCUCAGAUAGGAAGGAAGACGAAUAAAAAUGAAGCGAGGCGGUGAGGGAAAUCAUAGCCACGGCGAGCACUGUGAAGACAACACAGGACGAUAUACAUCGACUGCAAGAAACACAACAGCACAAGAAUGGAAUCCACGACAAGCAAACCAAGAGAUGCCUCUGGCAGUGAUCUGUCUGAGCAAAUAAAAGCAGCCACCAAAGACAGUCACGUCCGAGCUGAGAACACACAACUGAUGCUCAGCUACCAGAGAGGACAGAUCACGCGAACACAGUACAAGCUCCUGCUGUGUUCUCUGUAUGAGAUCUACCAAGCGCUCGAGGAAGAGCUGGAUAGGAACGCUGAUCAUCCCGCGGUUCAGCCCAUCUACUUCCCUCAGGAGCUGGCCAGACUGGAGGCUCUGGAGCUGGACCUGGAGCACUUCUUCGGACCCCACUGGAGGAAGAGAGUAACAGUGCCUGCCGCCACUCACAGAUACACCCAGAGACUGAGAGAGAUUGGCAAGAACAGCCCGGAUCUCCUGGUGGCACAUGCAUAUACGCGCUAUCUUGGUGAUUUGUCAGGAGGACAAGUGCUGGGUAAAAUUACCCAGAAAUCUUUGGGACUGAGUGGCGACAAGGGAGUUUUAUUCUUCUUGUUUCCUGGAGUGACGAGCCCCAACAGAUUCAAGCAGCUGUACAGGAGCAGAAUGAACAGCAUUGAGUUAACAGAGCAGCAGAGAAGGGAAGUGCUGGACGAGGCCACCAGAGCUUUUGAGUUCAACAUCGAGGUUUUUGAUGAUCUUCAGAAAAUGCUGAGCAUCACAGGGGAAGCUUCAAGUGACAAAGGAAAUGACGCUGCAACCAAAAUGGAGUCAAAAACCUUCUCCAGCUCUCCAGUGCUUCAGUUUGCAUUGGGUGUGGGAAUCACUUUGGCAACUGUUGGAAUGGGAGUUUAUGCUUUUUAAUUCAUAACAUUUUUGACUGUUACAAUUUUUUAACAUCUUAAUACUAUGACGAGUUAAAAUCUACAGGUUGAUCUUUAACAAACACUAAUCAUGGAUAUUAUAAAACAUGCACCCAGUAAUAAAUCGGGUACAUUAAGUAAUAAAAAAAAAAAAAAGGAAAAAAAAAUUAAUUCUCAGUUUUAGAAAAAAAAAAGUAUCAUGUAAAUGCUCAUUUGCCUUUGUAAUUGCUUUUGAUGUAUUUCUGUGAAAUGCAAUAAAGCUGUUUUUUUAUGUUCAA